AUGAUAUUAAAGAAGAUGUUAUUUAAAAAUCUCGCUAAAUGCUGGAAAAUCCUACGUGAUCUUCAUUCUUUAUUAUUUGUACCUAGUCCAAUAUUAUUUUCUGCUCGUUCUACUAAAGGGAUUGUACGUUUGUCCCCUAGUGAGAGAGCAUUAGUUAAAUUACCGACGGAAGUCGAAGAAACAUUGACAGGUAUAUUACUUGGUGAUGGCCACAUUUCUCGUAGAUCAUCUACUGCUAACUCUAGAUUAAUAUAUGCACAGACAGCGGUUACACAUAAAGAAUAUUUUGAUCAUGUAUUUAAAAUAUUUUUACCUUUUUGUGUUAACGCUUAUGUUCCUCAAUCUAAGAUAGUAAGAGAUAAUAGAACUAAAAAAACUUACAGUGCUAUAUCUUUCACGAGAAUGCAACUUCCUUGUUUUAAUGUAUAUAAAGAUUGUUUUUAUAAUUUAAAUGUGAAAAUUGUACCUAAUUAUAUAUAUGAAUUGUUAACACCUAGAGGCGUUUAUGCUUUUAGUACUACAGAUGUAGAUAAACUUAUGUUUACAUUACAAGAUAAAUUCAAUCUUAAAACAUCCAUACAUUAUAACAGGGAUAAGAAACCUAGAAUUUAUAUAUUUAAAGAAUCAAUGGAUACAUUGAUAAAUUUAGUAAAACCUUACUUUAUUAAAGAAAUGUUAUAUAAACUAGGUAUCUAA